AUGACUCCCGAUAGAGCAACAAUAGUCUGGGUGCCCGGCCUCCUCUACACCCCCGCGCACUACACCCCCAUCAUCGCCGCCCUCGCCGCCCUCCCCGUCCCCAUCCCGAGCCUCAGCAUCCCCAUGCCCAACUACGGCCCCGGCGCCCCCUCCGCCCUCCCCUACGACGACCUCACCCUCGUCCGCGCCACCUGCUCCGACCUCGUCGACGCCGGCAAAGACGUCAUCCUCAUCGGGCAUUCCUACAGCGGCGUGCCCGUCUGCCAGGCCGUGCGCGGCCUCGAGCGCAGUCUGAGGCAGAAGGAGGGCAAGGCCGGCGGCAUCGUCCGCGUCGUCUUCAUCGCCGCCUUUCUCCUCCCCGACGGCAUGAGCACGAUGCAGUAUUCCGGCGGCCGCCUGCCGCCGCCGUGGGUGACGGUCGAUGAGGGCGGGGUCCUUUGGCGCCCCAAGCGGGACCUGUGCAUGAAGUUGUUCUUUCAGGAUCUGCCCCCCGCGGAGCAGGAGCGCUGGGCCGACGAGCUGGUCGUUGCGAAUCGCAACAAUUGCACGACGCCGGUUCGGAGGGCGUGUUGGGAUGUGGACGUCGCGAAGACGUAUGUGGUCACGACGAAGGAUUUGGGGAUGCCGCUGGAGCGGCAGCGGACGAUGAUGAAGGACGUGUGGGAUGAGAGUUGGAGUGCGGAUGAGAUUGGGAGCGGUCACGCGCCGUUUUUGAGCAAGGUUGCAGAGUUGGUGGAGAUUUUGGAGAGGUAUGCGUAA